AAUAGAGUGGUGACUGGAACAGAAAGAGAAGCCCCAGAAGAUUCAAAAAUGGGAAAACCCAGUUAAUAUUCCCAACUAUGCAAACCCUGAAACCGGGAACCACGUGUGUACCAUUACCUAACCAAGAACCAACUCACAUUUCAAGCAGAGCCUCCAUUUUGAUCUCUCUCUCUCUCUCCUCUCUUAGUUCCCAGUGAGUCACUCACCGAGUCACAAUGUGGCCGGCUCUCCUCGCCGCAGCAGUAGCCGCCUCCACCGGACUCCUCGCCAAAAACCACCUCUUCAAGCCCGCCGCCGAGAUCACAGACUCCGAUCCGCAGAACGACGCCGUCUCGGACGAUGCGACGCCGCAGCGCUCCGUCGCUUCUGUUUCUCGGUCUCCGAUGCUGCCGUGGGAGAGCGACUGCGAGGAUCAAAUGAAGGAGGGGAUCUUUAGGUUUUCGAGCGACGGCGGGAGCGGGAAGAAGAAGAAGAAGAAGACCAGGUUUCGGUUGAAGAAGAAAGAUGUGGUGGAGGAGCAGAAGAAGAAGAGUGGGAGGAGAGCUGGUGUUUGCUUGAAGAAGAGGAAGACUGUAGCUUCCAAAUGUGGAUCGUCUUCUGAUUCCAAAGAUACUAGCUCAUUGUUUAGUUGGGGACUUAACAUUGGGAUCAUGUACAUGAUGACUGCUGGAAAAGCGGAAAUCAAUAAGCUGAACACUACCAUGGAUGAGACUGCAAAAGUUGUGCAGGAGUUAAAAUCUGAGCUAAAUAAAAGAAAAGCAUCACAGAGUCAGCAAGUUUCUUGUUCUGAAAGUGAAGCCAAUACACAAGUUCAGAGCCCUAGUUGCAAGUGUACUCAGACAGAACUCAAGAAGUCAAGUGCAGAAAACAGUGAACCUAAUUAUAUGAGAGCUUCCAGUUUUCAUAUAUUUGAUGAUGGCGAAUGUCCAAGUAGUGUUCUUACAGAGGAUCAGGAGCCUGAGCCAGAGGUGAUGGACAUGGAUCAAUUGGAAGCAGAACUUGAGUCUGAACUGCAAAAACUUCCAUGGUGCUCCACAGAAGCUCCUCAUCAAGAGGGAUUCAGAAAUCUGGGAAAGGAUAUUGUCUCUGAAGUCUCAGCACAAAAAUUUCAGGGACAAGCAGCUCAAGGUAUUGAUAUCGAGCAAUUUCAAGGAGUAUUACCAGCUGAACUAGACCAGAAGUUAUGCCAUGUGCUCAUCGAACAGCAGGAAAGCCAAAUUGUGGAGCUGGAAUCCGAACUGCAGUCGGCCCAAUCCAAACUCCAAGAAAAAGAAACUGAACUUCGAGCAUUGAAGGACUGUGUUAAACGCCUAACUCAGUUAUCCCUUUCAACUGUCUCAGAUGAUGAAAAUGAGGCUCACAAUGAACAAGAGCAGAUAACUGGUUGGAAUUACAACACGGAGAGAUCUGAGUCAAUAAAACCAGUGGUUGGGAUGAAAAGACCUAUAGAUUCUGAAUCCUGAUGAUACAGCCAAGGGGUAUGGUAGUAAUUUACCAAUUUACUAGACUAUUAUAGAUAUAUAUAGGAAGUUAGCCGGCAAUUUUAAUGUCAUGGGUGUGCUAUACCGAUCCAAAUCAAGCAACCCUACAUUACCUGUGUACAAACAUGUGCAAAUUUCCCUUGUAAACAAAACUGGCAGUUUGCCUUUCUUGCGUUCUGCUCUGCCCAUGUAAUAUUAAACUCUGCUAGUCGCUAUUAUAAUGCUUAGUGUCUAGAGCUCGACACUAUUUACCAA